GGUUUAAUGCGGCUAGAGACUUACCAUUGAAUGGCAACGCCCCUGGACGAAAGUGAACUUUUGGUUUGUAACACAAAACUGCAUAAAAAAGUAUCAAGUUACUUCUACACCUGUUAAUCGCACGCUUUCUAAAAUGUCAGCUACAUAGUUAGUUAAGUAGAAUACAAUUACAUAAGCCGUGCACAUGCUGGCUGCUUUGGAAGGAAUAGAAUACGAGGGAAUCAAUUACUCAGGAAUAUGAAGCUCAUUGUCGCUGGUGCAACUGGCUUCGUCGGUACGGAGGUCGUCCGACAAGCUCUCUCCAACCCAGGAAUUACCUCUGUCAUCGCUCUUGCGCGACGGACAACUCCUGUGCCCCAGAACAUGGACCCCGGUGCUGACAUAUCCAAGCUGAAAUGUGUUGUCACUGACAACUUUGAGGAGUACUCAGAGGACGCUAGAAAAGACCUUUCUGAUGCUGAUGCAUGCAUCUGGCUCUUAGCUGUCACGCCAUCUAAAUCGAAGACGAUGCCUUGGGAAGAGGUACGCAAGAUCUGCUACGAUUAUACAGUCAAAGGCCUUGAGACUAUUGCUCAAUUGCCAAGAGAUAUCUCCGCUGGCAAGCCGUUACGCUUCAUCUACACCAGUGGGGCCAUGAGUGAACGCGAUCAGAGUAACAAGCCUUGGCUGCUGGGUGACUACUGUUUGAUGAGGGGUGCAACCGAGUCUUUCGUUCUCAAUUAUGCCAAUGAGUCAAAAUGCGCAGUUGAAGCUGCUGUCGCAAAACCGGGGUUGAUUAAUGCACCGGGCAAAAUGAACAUGGCAGUCAAUGUAUUGUCCACAAUUGGCCGCUCCAUUAUCGGCCUUCCUAUGGUGGAUGUGAGUGAGGUUGCGGCAACACUCAUAGAUCAGUCUGUCAAUGGACUGGAGAAGGAGACGCUCCUCAAUGAGGACCUGGUCAGGAUAGGGCAGAAGGCGUUGGCAAGAUAGCAGGAGACUUAAUUUUUUUCUAUUCAGUAUCUCUUGAGAGCGCCCUUCAUUUACGAUAGUGGGCUAGUUUUAUGAUUUCCGGUUCACUUGGCAAUAUUUAUGUGUUUGAGAAGCUCGAAGAAGGGCCAUGUUAUAUGAACCGAAGAUUAUAUUGGUGUGCCCCCGUUAGCUUGACUACUUACCUAUGAUAGUCGGGUAUCGUUGAACUGGUUUGAUCGCUUGUGGUUUGCUCAUGCUCACGAUAGAAAUAUCGUUAGAACAGAUGAUAAUUGGCUGACCACCGCGAACUUGGAUCAAAUUCGUUGGGAUAACACCUAAGACGCCACUUAAGCUAUCUAAUUGAUUUGACUUCAGUGUAUAUCACUCCUAAUCUGAUACAAUAUGUCGCGGUCUGCGACUCCCGGUUCGAU